AUGGUAAAAGUCGGUGCGAUUUCACCAAAUAUUGUGAAAAAUGCGAGCAAUCGCAUUACCACAACAAGAACAAUCGUGAUCAUGUGGGUGGAGAAAAGUAUUGCCAUCGCUGCCAAGUUCCGAGGGAAAAAGACCACAAAUGCGACGGAUGUGGCUGGAAGAGGUCAUGCAUGCUGUGUCUUCGGGCAUACAAUUCCGACGUUCUGCCCAAAACUUUCCGUUGUGGCCAUUCUUGUUGUUCUUGUUGGCACUUGGUUUGGGUGGAGAUUUCAUGAAACUUCAACCCUUUCAACAUCCGCCAGUCUUUGGAGGCGGAAAGAGAUGGUUGAACCACCAUCACCCCCACGCCAUGUCUAUGAACUACCGAAUGAGGACACUGACACCGAGAGUGAAGCCGAGUAUCCGGAAGAAAUGGAUCAAGUGGAUAAUCCUCAAAUUCCCGCGAAGGCGAUGAAAGUGAUGAUGAUGUGGUUCAAAUUUGAUCACUAA